AUGCCAGAUAACAGCAGCUCGUCCACGGCGGCCACAUCGGCACACACCUACCCGCCCAGCUCGGCAACCACCUCCACACCUGCAGAGCCUUCCCAAUAUGUGGCACCGAGCAGGAGCGUUGCCCGGUCAAUGGUCUCCUUCCUCAUGGCCCAAUGGUCUCUUCUCCUCAUGGCCAUCCUCAUUCUUCUUGCCUACUACUUUCCGCACAUAGGCAUGACUGGCGGUACACUCCGCGCCGAGUAUACCGUCAGCUGGGCCUGCGUCGGUCUCAUCUUCCUCGUUGCCGGCCUCUCCCUCGCUCCCGACCAGCUGCUCAAGGGAUUGCCGCACUGGAAAGCGCAUUUUGUCGCCAACACGUUCUCGCUCCUGUUCGUUCCCGCCCUCAUGUUUGGUUUUGCUACCGCCGGCCGCACAGCCAACCUAGACUUUUACAUUAUGGCCGGCAUGGUGAUCACGGGAUGUCUGCCUACUGGUAUCUCGAACAAUGUCACUUGUACCAUCAACGCGGGUGGCAGUGGAGAACUCGCCAGUAUUGAAGUGGUCCUGGGAGCAAUUAUCGGCACAUUCCUCACACCUCUUAUCGUGGAAAUGUUCCUCACACCUCGUGUCGGAUGGGAGGCGGCCGCGCCGGGAUCGCACGCCGGUGUGACUGAGAUCUACAUUCGGAUGGCCAAGCAGUUGUCUGCCACAUUGUUUGCACCUCUGAUCUUGGGUCUCGCUAUCCAAGUUGUCUUCCCCAAAGCAACCGCGUGGACCCGCAAGAACAUGCACCUCGGCAAACAGGCUACCAUCUUCACCAUGCUCUGUGUGUGGCACAACUUUUGCAAUGCCUUCACCUCGGGUGCCUUCACGACCGCAUCGCAUGCGACCAUCAUCUACCUCUGCUUUAUCAACAUCUCGCUGUACCUCCUCCUCACAGCUCUGAUAUUCGCCAUUGUCCGUCUCCCUUCCCUCACGACGUCUGCAGCGGCGUGGUGGCGCAUGUCGAAGAAGGACACCAUUGCACUGUGCUUCUGUGGCCCGGGCAAAGGCGUCGCACUCGGUGCACCUCUCCUCGCGAUCCUCUACGCCAACGUGUCGCUGAACCACCAGGCUAAGAUGGCCCUGGCGCUGCUCAUCUACAAUGGCGAGCAGAUUGCUUGUACCCAGCUCAUGGUCCCCCUCCUACGUCACUGGGCCCGCGAUGAGAUUCACAAGAAGAACGACGACGCGGCACUCCCCCGUCGCUCCGCUGUUGACUCGGGGGUUGUCGAGGCUGGGUUAACCACUGUUGUGGAGGUGCCCGUAGGCCGUGGCCCCACCGAGGCUAAGAAUGGAGGAGGCUUUGAGAACUGGAACGUCCACAGUGACGCAGGCAGCACCCGUUAA